AUGAACUUCCAGGAAGAUAAGGUGGUGGAUUUCAGACAUCUGCAGUCUGCCAUUACAUAUCAGCAGGAGGUAAGAAAAGAAUUGAUUGAUGAUAUGAAGGCACAGAUGGCAAGUGAGAUGGUAAAGAAAGAUGAAGAGACCCAGAAACUUACUCUGAAGUAUGAGCUGCUCCUCAACCUGACAAGAGCUCAAGCAACAGUCAUUCAGAACUUGAAGUUGAACAAAAUGAAAGAGAAGCAAGUGCUUACUGAAGCUAGUAUGAAUUUGGAGCUGAAGAAUGCAGAGCUAACAAAGUGUCAGGAGAAGCUCACCCAAGAGAAGCUAGAGUUGAAGCUUCAGGUUGCUGAUCUACUUAAGGGAAAUGAAAAGCAUAUUGAAGAGAAGUGGCAGUUAGAGUUUCAGAAUGAAAAGUUGAAGGAGAAGUUCAGGGGGAUUCAGGCCAUCUUGGAGAAGUGA